AUGGCUGAUAUCACGCGCAAAGUGCGCGGCGAUAACGCGCAUGAGCCAGACAAUCUUGCAUACGGCCAUUUCGGGAGGCCCAGAUACGACAACGAUACUGAAACUUGGAGGUUUCUGCGAGAGCCACGCCAAGAAAGCGACGAAGCUGAAGAAGAUGACUCAGAAGAGAAUGGUAACGGCUUGAUUUUGGUUCACGAACGCGCAACACCCGGUACGAAUGUCUUGUCCGACCAGGAUGUCCGGAAUCUCCCUUCGACAAUUGGAAAAGCGCCUCUUUGGGGACCAUUUCGCCGUCGACACGAUCUGGUCCUUGCUUUCAAGUCCGCAUCUCUCGCCGACCCAAGCAUUGCCACGGUCAGCGGAAAAUACAGUCAACAGAAUCGCCCUUUGGUCGCCUUCGGUUGUGCCUGGUCUCGUAGUGAGACCGGCCAUCACAAUGCACCUUCGCCGAUUGUCCUUUGGAUUGAGUCUGCGGAUGGGGUGCUGAGAUGCAGCAUACUUGAAGCUGUCGACCAUGACGACGUUGACAAACUACCUCUUCUAGGUACAGCGGGGCCGGUUGGGUCUGCUCUUUUGAUCGAGCCUGUCCUGGGGCUCUGCUUCUCUGCAGAUAAGCGCUACCUGGCACUCCGCCAAAGGUCUGGUACCACCAUCUGUCUUCUGGUCAUGAAUGGGUCUGGGACCAGCAAUGAAAUUGGACGCCACCAAAAUAUCAACCUACAGCAUAUUGUCAAGCUCGAGCGCGCUGCUACAGGAGGACACUCGCACGCAGAUGUAGCUUUUCAUCCCUGCGACCACAAUUUGGUCGGGAUUGUGGACGAGCAUGGGAAUUGGAGCGCUUGGCAGAUCUCCGGCAGACGAUCCGCCACAGCAAGGAUACUCUACAAGGCUGUACUGCGUGCUUCAGGCAAGCUUUUGCCUUCGUCCAUUAACGCGAAGCAAUUUGGAAAGCAGCCCUACUUUGAUGGAUGGCAUAAGAUCUGCAGUCUGGAAAAAAAGGUACAAAAUUACCGAGACAAACAGCCGAAGCAGCCCGACAAGACCAAAGUCCUUCUGGUUUGCAGCCGGAGGGUGUCCCGAGCAUUCUGUUUCGACGGCUCUGUGCGAGGCGAUGUGGAUAUGAGACUAGGACGCGCCUCUGAUAAGAAUUGGAUCUUGGAUAUUCAAGCAAGCGCAUGGAGACACGAUGUCUGCUUCGUCCUAACGACCGCUCGUGUCAUGGUCAUGCGGCUCUCAGACCACAGCAACAGGCAAGAUGAGCUUGAGACGAUAUGCUCCUGGAUUCACUUUCGAGCCAGAGGAGAUCUGAGCCUGGACAUGACCGUACUUGACACAACUCAUGUAACUGGCCUCAUUAUUUCUAGCCAACAUGGCUUGAAUGCCACUAUCUACUGGCUUCACUGGGCUGAUACGGAAAACUUAUCGUGUGCCAUGGAUCCACAGCAUUUCACUUUACCACGACGAUUGCUCGAGCCGGGAGACUCAGGAUCGACACACAAGUUCGAAAUUGUGUGUAUAGACAACAAACAAGGCGGCACAAUAGGGCCAUACGCACAAGGUUAUCUGAAGCUUGUAGCGCUGCUCGAAGAGGGUGGCUUUUUAGAGGCAACCUACAGAGUUCCACAACUGCAAGCCUCAUGUGCAAGCGCCCUUGACAUCAGUUCGGGCCUCGGAUUGACGCUGGGUCAGCAGUCCCGAGUAAAGAGCUCCAGAGUUGUUGAAAACGAGGAAGAAUUACUUGAUUUCAUUGUCCCGGAUGACAGUGUACCCACCCCAGGCCUGCUCCAGCCCAACACCAGACCGCGACCCGACUCAUCUACAAAGAAGGCACAACGGACUCGAGAUUGGGCCGAGAUACUGGACAGUGACAGCACUCGACACAGGACCCUCAGUCUUGAAGAUGCUCUGGGACAGUUGAACAGCGUAGAGCAUGAUGAGAACAGUUCCAGUAGUAAUCUGCAGACUCUGGCGGAAUUGUUGUCUGGCGUACACAUCUCCGAUGUUGAAGAGGCGUCAAUUGCCAUCGAAGAUUGGCAGCAAGCUGUCCAUGCAGACGACAAGACUCCCCAAGCGCCGGUCUACAACCGUAUGAGUCUCCCCCGGGGCACAAGAUCUUUUCUCAGCACGUACCAAAAACUCACGAGAAGUUAUUUGAAUCCUAUGGCGAACGAUCUGCCUGAUCGUGCGAAAGUCCAAACCGAGCGGCUGUUGCGUACCGUGGCUUUCGACCAGUACAUGUCCGCCGUGGUCAAGCAACCCACGGAAGCAGACCAAGUGCCAGAGACAUCGCUGACAGCCAGAGAGAUCGAGAUGACCUCAUCCCCUCCAGGAACGCCACCAUCGCAGCCUCCGAACGAGCCUUCCGAAGAUCCCCUGUCUGUCCUCAAACGCUACACAACCAUCACCAAGCCCCCUCCCUCUACCGCCUUCACCAUCAAAACAGUCACCAGCAUCCUCGCCCACCUCCCCACCGCCCACCCCACCAAUCCAGCAACCUACUCGUACGAGCAAGUGGAAGCCCGCCUCACGCAGCGCGAGAACCAAGACGCCCUCGCCAGCCUGGACGAGCGGGAGCGGCGCCGGGCCGAGCGGGCGGCCGCACGCCAACAGAGGAAGCUGGCGCAGCAGCAGAAGCUGCGCGAGGCCGCCACGCAGCAGAGCUCGCUCGUGCCGGGUCUGGUGGUCAUGUCAAGCCCUGGUGCGGCGAGGGAUCGGAGGGAGGUGCAGAGCAGUCAGCUGGCGCCGUUGAUGGGAGCGGGUGCGAGUAGUCAGCCGAGCGGCGUGGUGAUGACGCAGCCCGAGAGGGGAGUGCAUGGUGAGCGAAGGAAAGAGAAGGGCUCCGGGAAGGCGGCGAAGAGGGGGACAAAGAGGAUGAAGGGGUUUUAA